AUGUUGUCAUUCAUUCUCAUCCAGAACCGACAGGGUAAAACCCGUCUAGCAAAGUGGUACGUCCCCUACAGCGACGAAGAGAAGAUCAAGCUCAAAGGCGAGAUCCACCGCCUAGUAGCCCCCCGCGACCAAAAAUACCAAUCCAACUUCGUCGAGUUCCGCAACCACAAGGUCGUGUACCGACGAUACGCGGGCCUGUUCUUCUGCGCCUGCGUCGACACGAACGACAACGAGCUAGCCUAUUUGGAGGCCAUCCAUUUCUUUGUCGAAGUGCUCGACUCGUUUUUCGGCAACGUGUGCGAGCUGGACUUGGUGUUCAACUUUUACAAGGUGUACGCGAUCCUGGACGAGGUGUUUUUGGCGGGCGAGAUUGAGGAGACGAGUAAGCAGGUUGUGCUGACGAGGUUGGAGCAUUUGGAUAAGUUGGAGUGA